AUGUCUCUUUCAAUGACUGCUGCUCUUGAACCAACUUCCUACGUUGGUUUCGACACAAUUACUACACAAAUUGAACACCGUCUACUUAAGAGAGGAUUUCAAUUUAACAUUAUGGUUGUAGGUCAUUCAGGCUUAGGCAAAAGUACAUUAAUUAAUACUUUGUUUGCCUCCCAUUUGAUUGAUACUGCUACGGGCAACGAUAUUACUAAACUACCUAUCUCGAAAACCACAGAAAUGAAAGUAUCUACUCAUUCAUUAAUUGAAGAUAAGGUUCGUUUGAACAUUAACAUCAUUGAUACCCCAGGAUUUGGUGAUCAAAUCAAUAAUGAUAAAGUCUGGGAACCAAUAGUUAAAUAUAUUAAAGAACAACAUUCCAUUUACUUACGUAAAGAAUUAACAGCACAACGUGAGAGACAUCUCCCUGAUACAAGAGUUCAUGCAAUUUUAUAUUUCUUACAACCAAAUAAUAAAGGUUUAACUAAGUUAGAUAUUGCCGCUUUGAAAAAAUUGACUGAAUUGGCCAAUGUCAUUCCAGUUAUUGCUAAAUCAGAUGCUCUAACCAUCGAUGAAAGAGUUAAUUUUAGAUCAAAUAUUCAAAAACAAUUUCAAAAGUAUAAUUUCAAAAUAUAUCCAUAUGAUAAUGAAGAUUUAACGGAUGAAGAAUUAGAAUUGAAUAAAAGUAUAAGAUCAAUUAUCCCAUUCGCUGUUGUUGGCUCAGAAAAGGAAAUUGAAGUCGAUGGCCAAACUUUCAGAGGGAGAAAAACACGCUGGGGUGCCAUCAACGUAGAAGAUAUGAAUCAAUGUGAGUUCGUAUACUUAAGAGAGUUCUUAAUUAGAACACAUUUACAAGAUUUAAUCGAAUCUACAUCUUAUAUUCAUUACGAACGUUUUAGAGCAAGGCAAUUGAUUGCCCUGAAAGAAAAUGCUAAUAGUAAUCGUUCUUCUGCUCAAUUGAAAUAA